AAGGACUGCAUUCCGCAUCUGUGUUCACUAGCGACACCUCGUGGCAUGCUCCUACACCAGUCGGCGGAGUGGGGAGAACUCGCUCGUCUGGCUGCCUUCGCCAUCGCCGCCGCGGCCAGUCUCCACUGUCAGUCUGUAUGGGGUGCAGAAUAACUAGUCGAGCUUUCAAAGUUCACUUGUUUUAAUUAGUUCUCACUCCGAAUGUGUGAAACUCUCCUGAUAAGUGUGCGUUUUGUAUAGUGGUGUGUGUAAAUUGGACUGUCUCUGCGACACGAAGCGGGAAUUGUGACCGAAAAGAACGUUGGUGUGCAUCUGGGCUAAGAAUCCGGGCCCACCAUUGUGUUUACAGUACUACACCGAAGAUACAUGGGUCGUUUAGAACGGUGUUCAUCGUAAACGCAUUAUGAGUGUUGUACCUGUUCAUGUACAUUCGUCUCCGUAUGUGUUAUAACGAAAGUUUUAAUUCACGACCACAGUUUUGUUUCUCGUUUUAAUGCGCUGUUUUAAAAAACAAGAACCUAACUAAUGAAACGCUUAGUUAAAGUCUCCGUGCAUAGCUGUUGUUCGCAUUUUAUGCAGUAUGUGUUUGUAUUUUAGUUCUUUGUGUUUAAAAUGUAUAUAUUUUAUGUUUUCAAACCUAUGUGACCUGGUGUAAAGUCGUCUUCAGUGGAAGUGCACAAUUUUAAACUGUAAUACAAACGAAUUACUGUUUACUGGUGGCACUGUUUUGUGUAGUGAGUGUUUCAGUGUAUGUUGAGAUCAAACAGUCUCAAGUUUCCGUUAUGUUUAUUUUGGAUUUAAUUUCCAAACUCUUUGUCAAUUGGAAUUGGAACACAUAAACAUCAUAGAACAUCAGCGAACAUAAAAUCAAACCCUCACCGUGCCAACAUUUGGUGGAGGGGGCUGACAAUGCAGUGGCUCUGGAUCUAUUCCUUGCUCGUAGCCCUAAUCGACACGGGCAAUGGUCUUGCUCGAAACAACUUAGAACAACACCGCUACGAUACGGCGUAUGCGUGUGAGGGCAAGACGCUCAAGAUCGAGUGCAAGGAUGGAGAGCUGAUACAUCUGAUCCGUGCCAACUACGGGCGAUUCUCCAUCACUAUCUGCAACGACCACGGCAACACCGAGUGGAGUGUCAACUGCAUGUCGCCCAAGUCCCUCCGCGUCCUCCACAGCAAAUGCACACAACACCAGAACUGCAGCAUACAGGCCAGCACCAGCCUCUUCGCAGACCCUUGUCCUGGGACUCUCAAGUACCUGGAGGCCCACUACCAGUGUGUCCCAGCUGCUAUGACGACGACGACAACAAGGCCCAGUCCGCCGUGGUUGAUGACUUCACAGCCCAGCGUGUGGAGCACCGCCAAACCUGUGACUGUGAGACCUGGGCCCCCACCACCCCCGCCGAUAGUGCAGUACUCUCCCACCACAUCUUCAUCCUUGCCACCACCCCCUGCCUUGCCACCUCUCCAGGACCCCGAUCCUGAGGAACCAGAGGACCACGGGCUGGAGACCACCACUGUGUCUGUUACCACAGUCGUGUCUUCCCCCACCCCACCUUCCACCACAGGGGAAGUGGUGGGUAUCGGGUCAGGCAACGGUCCAGGAGAAAAGGUCCUGAAAGGGGAACUGUGUCCACCAACUUCUGCCAGGGGCCUGUACUGGAACUGGACCCAGGUGGGGGAUUUGAGUGCGCAGCCUUGCCCAGGCGGGGCCACGGGGCUGGCGCGCUGGCGGUGUAUGGGAGCUACAGAUCCGACCCUGCCGCCUCGUCGCCACCCUGCAUCCCCCGACCUCAGCGAGUGUCGCAGUGUCUGGCUUACCAACCUCGACAGUCGCAUCACCGAGGGCGACACCAUCAUCAGCAUUGCCAAUGACUUAUGCUCUGUAACUGAAAGCAAAACGCUGUAUGGCGGUGAUAUGAUGACGACCACCAAGAUCAUCAAGAAGAUGGCGACUAAGAUGUCUGCCGACAUAGCGACGUUCCCGGAUCCACGGCAACGUGAGGCAAUCGUAACCGAGUUGUUGCAUGGGGUGGUGAAGACCAGUAGCAACCUCCUGGACAGUUCACAGCUGGCCUCAUGGCGAGACCUCACUCAUAAGGAGCAAAUGAGGGUGGCUACCUCCCUCCUGGUCGGGUUGGAGGAGAACUCAUUCCUCUUGGCAGAAACUGUCAUCCGCGAGAAGACUGUCACGCAUUCCGUCAAAAAUAUAUUGUUGAGUGUGCGAGUGCUGGAGCUGCGCAACGUGGGAGCAGAAGUGUUCCCCGCCCCCGGCACAGUGGACCAGUGGGGUGGCGGGGGCGGGGGCAGUUCGGUGGGUGGCGGCAACUGGAUCCGGCUGGAGCGUGAAGCUCUGAUGGAGAACAGUGAAGGUGGUCUCGUACGGCUGGUACUGGUGGCGUUCGACCGCCUGGAGGAGAUCCUGCAGGUGGAAGCCCCCAACGCCACACGCCUGAUCAACAGUAAGGUGAUAUCGGCCAGUCUGGGCAAGGGCCGGCACAUCCAGCUAUCUGACCCAGUCACAAUCUGCCUCAGGCACAUCCGCACCGACAAUGUCACCAAUCCUGUCUGUGUCUUCUGGGACUACACCAUGAGUUCGUGGUCCGAGGAAGGGUGUAGAGUGGAAUCCACCAACCUCACUCACACCAUCUGUAAGUGCGACCACUUGACUAACUUCGCUAUCCUGAUGGACGUACAAGCCACCUACUUGCCCCCGAACCAUGCCAGGGCACUCCAGGUCAUCACCUACAUAGGGUGCAUCAUUUCUGUGGUGUGCCUCAUACUUGCGAUUAUCACGUUUCAACUUUUCCGUGGAUUAAAGUCGGACAGGACCACGAUCCACAAGAACCUGUGCGUGUGCCUCCUGGUUGCUGAGGUCCUGUUUCUUGCCGGUAUCGGCCAGACAGACCAAGCUAUCCUCUGUGGGGUCGUCGCCGGACUACUGCACUUCUUCUUUCUGUGUGCGUUCGCCUGGAUGUUUCUGGAAGGUUUCCAGUUAUAUGUGAUGUUGAUCGAGGUGUUUGAGGCGGAGAAGUCGCGUAUCCGAUGGUACUAUCUGUUUGCGUACGGCGCACCACUCAUCAUCGUGGCAAUCUCGUGCUUCAUCGAUCCCUACAGUUACGGGACGGACCGCUACUGCUGGCUCAGGGCUGACAACUUCUUCAUAUUCAGCUUCGUCGGGCCAGUUAUUGCUGUGAUACUUGCAAAUCUAGUCUUUUUAAGUAUGGCAAUCUAUAUGAUGUGCAGGCAUGCAAAUGCCUCAGUGUCUAUGAAGAGUAAGGAGCAUUCACGACUCGCGAGUGCCAGUGGAGAAGAAGAAAAUGCUCUUCAGAACAAAUUACUAUCACACCUGGCCUGGCUGAGAGGAGCUAUCGUUCUCGUCUUCCUCCUCGGCCUCACUUGGACGUUCGGCCUGCUGUACCUCAAUGAAGAAUCCGUCUUCAUGGCAUACAUAUUUACAGUGUUGAAUAGCUUACAAGGACUUUUUAUAUUUGUGUUCCAUUGUGUUCAAAAUGAAAAGGUUCAGAAAGAAUAUAGGAAAAUGUUGAGGAGGCAGCCGUGGUUGGUGAAGUGCCUGGGGUGUGUGGGUGAGGCGAGCGUCUCGACGAGUGGGAGUGGCAGCGGCAGCGGCAGUGGUAGCGGGAAGGAACGGAGGUCCAGUCUCUACACGGGCUCCAACGGCAACCCGUCGUCGCACACGCACACGCAUUCACACGCGCACGCAGAUGCACAUGGAACUAGUUAUAUCCUGCAGCGGGGCUGGAGCUGUGGGGGCUCCGGCGGGGCAGUGGGCCCCGCGGUCGCCACUCUCCCCUACACCCAUCCCCGCCCCCCGCCCCCCCAGCCCAACAUUCCCAAGUCCGCUACAACAACAUGGGAUCCGCUUCAUAAGCCUUUUAUGUGGAAGAACAUUUCUUUUAAGUCUUACAGUCGGGACUCUGGCCACGGAGGCUCAGAGAAGGAAGAAUCGCCGAGGGCACACUCGAGUACACUGAAUGAACGGCAGCGGCAAGGCUACUACCCGGACUGUCUGCCAUCACACCAUCUGGCACCACCAGGUCACCGUGGUCGUGCAGCCAGUCCAUGGAACCACACGUACACAGAGAUACGUGAGCAGCAGGCAGCAGCAGCUCGUGAAGAGGACCCGGUCUACGAGGAGAUAGAGCGUGAGAGGGAACGUGAGAGGGAGCGACACGAGGUGAGCGUGAGCGACAUGAGUGACGAGGAUGGCCGGAGACAAAGCGACAUGAGCCGACAAUCGUCCCGUAGUUACGGUGACCACCGCCCACUUAUCCCGUAUUCACCACCUCAUCUCUCCCCGUCACCCAACUUCCAGAUGGCGUUGGAUGUAGCACUACGUCACCGGUUGGAGCAGGCGCGCGCGCAGGGUAGUGUGGCCGUGCUGGACGGUGAGACCGUGGUCUGUCACCUGACUCCGGAAGCUCACCCUCACCCUCAUCUGUACUCGUGCAGGACUAUGAUUCAUCAGCCGUACAGCGAGUGUUAAUUCCUCUUAGACAUUAAAUUAAUUUAUUUAAUAUACAAUGUAAAAACGUGCAGCUUUGGAGACACAACACGUGUUGACAGCGUUGACUCCUUGUGUGUAUAUUGUACAUAGAAACUUUAUAAUAAAUUAUGAUACAUAAAUGUAACUCACUGUGAAAAAUCUAUGUAGUGUGAGAUGUGUUAAGUUUAAUACUUCGCAUUAUAGAUAUUCGGACACAGUGUGUUCACCUUAAUAAUAAAACUACCUGUGAUGAGGCCAUGUAGUGGUAGAACACUACCCCUAGACUGUAUGUAUAGUUUAAUUUUAAACUUCCCAAGACUUAACUAUUUGCACCAACAAUUUGCAAAUAAACAAUACGAGUUAUUUAACUUUUAUUUUGCUGUGAUGAUUAUUAUUUAAUUUAUUCUGUUAUACAGUUUUUAAUACAUAAUUGCACAUUUGUCAUUGAAACCCGAGUUUUUCGUAAUGUCAAAUGAUGUACAUUUUAGUGUAAAAAAUUGUUGUAGGGAUAUUUUCUUCUGCAGUAUGCCUCUCUUACCCGAACAGAAUGUGCCCCUGUACUGGCUGUCUAUGAAAAAGUUAAAAUUUUAACCUCAGUUCUCACGUUUAUAUUUAGUUAUUUUAAUGUAGUUCUUUUAGGCUGUACAAAAAGGCGAACCGUGUUAGCAUCAACAACCAUGUCCUAUUGUGAACUACGGCAGUGCUUUGGAAAACAAUAGUUGAUGUAGCUAACAACCAAGAAACUUUGUAAGAGAGAGUUUAUUGUAUCAUGAAAAUGUUGUUCCAUAUUGUGAAGGGUCUAGAGACCCUAGAUCUGAUCACAGUACUGAGACUGUAUAUAAGUGGAGAUUUGUAAAUGUGUACAUACCUAAAGUUCCGGUUUAGUUGUACAAAUAUACCUUAUGAUGAAUAAAUAUUAUUUUGAAACACUA